UUUUGUUUUUCAAUGGUGUCAAAUCUAACAAUAUUGAUCACAUCCUAUGUUUUGUUUCAGACAACGAAGAUCCUUUUCAUCAUGGCUGCAAAUGUGAAUGACGACGUAAUAACUCUCCAUAACACAAUGGUGUUUGACAUAAGUACCGAAAUUUUCGAGGAAACGUUGGAGGUAGUAAAAGAACUAUUUAGGGGGAAACCACUGACGUCAGUCGAUAUGUCUAAGAUUAAAAAUAUCCCAACACUCUUCAAAUUUCUAAUGAAUUACGAAACAAUUGGUUAUGGAGAUUACCAAAAGUUUGUAUCUGUGAUCAGGUACAUACAUCCGCGCAUAUGUUCAAUGAUACAGGAGUGUGCUGUGAAAAUCAACAAACUGAAGGGUAACCUAGACGACCAAGGUGACCUGGCUGCUAUGAAUGUCACAACAGCAAACACAAGCUAUGCCAAAAGUAAGUUUGAAAGCUGCAAGGUGGCUGGAUCAGUGGUAUAGAGAUUAUCUCCCCUUUCAAUUAAAUUUCAGUCAAUGAAAACAGAUGAUCAGGUGAUUUGAUGAAUCAUUUAAGUAAAAGAAUCAACCUAGCUAUUUUGACAUAACA